GUCAAAAGUGCUACACAUUCGCCCUAUAUGUAGGCCGUAAAGAUUAUCACUCAGGCAUAAAUGAAGCGGUCACGCUCUUGUUCAUCUACAUUUUCAGCUAUAAAACAACAUAAGCCGGCUUCCCCGACCACUCGUCUAACAUGUAGUGCUCUCGAGGAGCACAAUAAUAAUACCCCGUCUCUCCCCCCUUGUACGCUUUUACAGAUAGCUUCAGAGAAGAGAACACACAAUUUAUCAGACAUUCCAAUAAUACCUCCUCCUUCCACACGCUCUUCCCAAAGGUCGCGAUCCAGCAGUCCGGUUAGGCCCAGUGAUGCACAAUAUCGCGGCGGCCAUCUUCGGCGCGCCAAGAUCUUCGUGGGCGACGAAAUACCCGCAAGUAUCAGUUAUUAUGUCGAUACAAGGAUUUUUCAUAAUUCAACCAGCUCUGGCGAUGAUCACCUGCACCAAGUUUCGGAAAGGCUCUGGAGGAAGUCCAAGGAACUUGAGAAAAAACCAUCCGGGGAAGCCGAAUGGACAGAAGCUUUAUACGCAGCCAUCAACGAUUUAAAACUUGUAGAAUUUGAGGCUGUUCGUAACCGAGAUUGGCGUACAGAUUUAAAGCCUCCAGUACACAACCCUCGCCCUACCAUUCCACGCAAACGAAGCCAGCGAGAUCAACUUUUGCAGGAGAAUGCCGCCACUGACAGUCUUUACCCUUCCCCGGAUCCCUCACGCGCAAUCGAGCCAACUAUUCCCGUGUUCAGGCUGAAGGAUCCCCGGCCAGAUAUAUGCGUCGGGCUCUCGGACGAUAGCUUAGCAGAUUCCCUUGAGCACACAAAGAGCCGUGACAUCGCACAAAGCCUCUCGUUCGAUAUGCAAGAUACCUCUACGCUAAUUAGUGAUCCGCAUGUCACCCCUUUGGUCCUUCGUUUUCCCUUUCUGAUAGUCGAGGCAAAGGCCGGUGCAACCGGAGGGAACCUCUACCAAGCCCAGAACCAAGCUGCAGUAGGUGGCUCAACGGCCCUUCUGAUACUCAAAAGCCUUUCAGAUCUUGUAGAUAGUCAGGAUCUGAAUAGAGAAAACCAAGAUUGCGUGGAAGCCAGUCCUGAAUCCGGUCAAGCUACUCCGGACAUCAAGUUAAACCUAGCCUUUUCUAUCACUACUGAAUGGCCAGUUCAUGAGUUAUGGCUUCAUUUUCGAAGCCCUAAUGAAGACUUCCAGAUGGUAUGCAUAGGGAUCUGGAGGACAACUUCGAAAAACGGGUCGCUGAAUUUCUUGCGUCACCUCUCAGCUGUCUUGAGCUGGGGUAACGGCGAGUUCAAAGAUAAUCUAGUUAGCAUUCUUCAGGAUUUGUGA